AUGACAGAAAUAACUGAAUCCUUUACAACGACAUCGAUAAGUACACCACUGGAUACAACUCAAUGUGAACCGAUUGAAUUUUUAGAAACAUUUGGACGUGUUUAUGGCGGGAUGCAUGGAUAUAUCACACUGUUUCUCUGCCCUAUUUGUGUAUUAUCUAAUAUUUGCAUUGUCAUUGUUCUUAACCAGCGUAGUAUGAUAUCGCCAACAAAUUUUCUAUUGACAUCUUUAGCGAUAAGUGAUGGUCUACUAAUGAUAUUUUAUAUUCCAUUUGCAAGUUAUUUUCUCAUUGGUCGGCAUACACGGAAUUCAAGUUAUAGUUGGGCGGUUUUCUUAAAAUUUCAUAUUAAUUUACAAAAUUUUUUACACUUAACUUCAAGUUAUAUUGUUGUUGUGAUAGCUGUAUUUCGUAUUCUGUAUGUACGAUUUUUAGUUCAAUGUCAUAUUUUGUGUAGUAUGCAAAGAGCUAGACUGGCUAUCACACUAGUACUGAUAAUAAGUAGUAUAUUGACUAUCCCGUGUGUAAUCACGCAUCAUAUUGUCCGGAAUAAUAAUGAUAAUGAAGAAAAUGGCUACAUGGUGACAUAUAAAGAAAAUGAAGUCAUGUUAAACUAUCUGUACUGGAAUACAGCGAUUUUCUCUAAACUACUUCCACUGUUGUGUUUAAGUGUACUUAGUUUUAUGCUGAUAUUUACUAUACGUAAACAGAAUUCCCGAAUGCGUAGAAUGAAAGCACAAUCAAAAGUUGGCAGAAUUCACGCGGUUGCAGUGAAAUCCCCUUCAAAUUUAUCAACAACUAUGACAAAUGCAUCGUGUCUGUUAGAGAAGGCGAAUCAUGCAGACAAUGAUAUAAAAAAUAACAAUACUAAUACUACUACUAAUCAUAAUAAUAAUAGUAAUAUAAUGAAUGAUAAUGGUGAGACAGUGAUAAUUAAACUUUCCAGUCUUAAAGAAUCCCCGUCUUCAUCGUCAACAGCACCAACACCAACUCCAGCCACAAAUGUUAACACAGAACGGAAACGCAAUACAUUUGAAAAUGAACGUGAUAAAGUGGAAAAUCGGUUGACAAGAUUUUUACUAACAAUUGUUUUUAUAUUUAUGAUCACUUUACUUCCACAGGCAAUCUUAUUAUUUUUAAGCGGAUUUCUAGGAAAUUGUUUCACCGAUACAGUGUACAAUGCACUCGGAGAUUUUAUGGAUCUGUUGACCAUUGUGAAUAAUGGUAUUAAUUUCGUAUUGUAUUGCUCAAUGUCCCAUCAAUUUCGAACAACAUUUAUACAUUUUUGUACAAAAAUAUUUCAAAAAUGCAGGUAG